UACUGAGCUGUUUUCUGAGAGACGAAAACAAACUACUUGUCCUAGAAGAGGGAAAAAAGCAGCUGACAAAUAGAGCGUCGUCGCGAUCCGUCUCUUACUAAUUUCAGUCUAAGCCUAAACCAUCCUCACUCCUGCGGAACAAACUGAUGCACAACUCGGUCAGGAUUGUACUCCUAGUAGAAAACAUCGUCGCAGCAAAUAUUUAAAUACUCUUCAACGAGGCAGACGAAAGGGCUCUCGGGAGUGGUAGUUUUUGGCUCUCCGAAUACUCAGAGGAUGGUCGUGAGCCAGAAGUUUCCUUAAGACUACAAAUCCCAGGUCGUCACGCGGCGUCAUGGGUUAGGAGACCCGCUGCCUCCUUGAAGGGGCUCCCCUUCAGGGGCACCAGGGAUUGGCUACCUUGGCUGGCUUAUUGGCUGGCUGUUCUUGCGCGCAGCCGGCGGCGGCUAGAGAAGUCGUGAUCGGUCUCUGUAGCAGAGAGCGGGAGACGACGGUGAGGUGAUCUUUUCGUCCUUUCCUGAGGUUAUGGUUUUGUAAGCCUCUUGGAAGAGACGUUCGCCUAGUGAGGCCAUGGCAGCCGUCGGACUCAAGGCUGCAAGCGGCGGCGGCGGCGGCGGCAUCUGGAAAAGCGGCGGAGUCAGCCUCCAGCUGGUGGCCGCUGUUUCCAGCAAUCACAGCUGUUCCUCUAGUAGUGGAAGAAGCAGCGGCUCCGGAGACCGCCGGCUUGAUUGCUGCCACCAAAGGGCCCAUCAGCACCAGUCUGCAGGGCAUUCUCAGCCUCCGUCCUUCAACGCCAAAUCCAAGAGAGCCGGGGACUCUAGCCAUGCAGCAGCAGCAGCAACUCUCCCUUUGGGCAGCCAACAGCCCAGCCCCGUCGAAGGGAUCGACACCAAGUCCUACCUCUGGGCCAGAUACCACGAGAUGAAAAGGCUUGUUUACGAUCUUCUCCCACCUGGUGUCUGCAAUCUUCUUAACCCAGCAGCUAUUUAUGCAAAUAAUGAGAUAAGCCUGGAAGAUGUGGAGAUCUAUGGCUUUGAUUAUGAUUACACAUUAGCACAGUACUCAAAUUUGUUGCAUUCUAUGAUAUUCAACACUGCCAGAGACAUCCUAAUUGAACAAUAUAAGUAUCCAGAGGGACUCGGGAAAUAUGAAUACAUUCCUGGAUUUGCUAUAAGAGGGCUUCACUAUGAUGUCCACAAGAGCCUUCUAAUGAAGAUUGAUGCUUUCCACUAUGUUCAAUUGGGUACUGCAUAUCGAGGGCUGAAGCCAGUGCCUGAUGAAGAGCUUAUUGAGAUGUAUGGUGGAACCCAGCACAUUCCUUUAUACCAGAUGAGUGACUUCUAUGGCAAGGGUCCAUCGAUUAAACAGUUUAUGGACAUCUUCUCCCUUCCUGAAAUGGCUCUCCUUUCAUCAGUGACUGACUAUUUCAUGACUCACAAUAUUGAGUAUGACCAAGUUCAUCUUUACAAGGAUAUAAGUGAUGCCAUUAAAGAUGUUCAUGUAAAAGGAAUGAUGUACAAAUGGAUUGAAAAGGACAUGGAAAAAUAUAUUCUUCACGGAGAUGAAACUUAUGCGGUCUUAAAUCAACUGGUUAACCAUAACAAAAAACUCUUUCUUAUCACAAACAGUCCUUUUAGUUUUGUUGAUAAAGGAAUGAAGCAUAUGGUUGGCAAAAACUGGCGAGACCUUUUUGACAUGGUCAUUGUGCAAGCAGAUAAGCCGAAUUUCUUCACUGAUAGACGCAAACCUUUCAGAAAAAUGGAUGAAAAGGGUUCACUUCACUGGGACAAAAUAAGCAAACUGGAAAAGGGGGAAAUCUAUAAACAGGGCAAUCUGUUUGAUUUUCUGCGGCUAACGGGCUGGCGUGGGUCCAAGGUCCUUUAUUUUGGUGACCAUUUGUACAGUGACCUUGCAGAUCUAAUGCUGCGUCAUGGUUGGAGGACAGGAGCUAUUGUUCCAGAACUAGAAACAGAAAUCCGAAUCAUUAAUACGGAACAAUACAUGCACUCUUUGACUUGGCAGCAGGCUCUUACAGGACUACUGGAGAGAAUGCAGAUGUAUCAAGAUGCAGAAUCUAAGCAGGUGCUGCUAGAGUGGAUGAAAGAACGACAGGAAAUUAGGUCACUUACAAAGAACCUGUUUAACCCCCAAUUUGGAAGCAUCUUUCGAACCUUCCACAAUCCAACCUACUUUUCUCGAAGACUGAUCCGUUUCUCUGACAUCUAUAUGGCCUCCAUCAGUUGCCUGCUGAACUAUGAUGUAAACUUUACCUUUUACCCUCGGCGAACUCCUUUGCAGCACGAAGCUCCCCUCUGGAUGGAUCAGCUCUGUACUGGUUGUAUGAAGACUCCAUUCUUAGAGGAAAUGGUGCAUAUCCGGUGAAAGGAGUUUGGAUGUGUAUGUUAAACGUUCGUGUGAUAUAGCUAUUGUGUAUGAAGGGCCCAGCUGCUUAGCCAUGGAUUGCAACCUGGUUUCUGUGUGCCCGUUGCUAUACUUUGCUUCCCAGCACUUCCUAAUAGAUACCCGAGAUGACUGAAUAAAACCUCACAAUACAGAUUAUGUCUUAGAAAUGCUUAAUUAAUACGGAAUCCAAACUUGGAUUAGGAAUGCUGCUCAGAAAAUAGUGAGAUUUCUCACUAAUUAGGUGAAUUUCUGCCAGUGUGGGGGCUGGUUCACAUGUAUAUACUUUCAAUUAUACUUUCAUAGCAGACUGUGUGAACUGAUUGUUGAACAGCACUGUGGUAGUUUGCUUUGUAAUGGCUCAUCUACAAACAUAGUGAAGUGCACGCAUGUGUAAAUCAGCUCUAUCCAAUAUGCAAUGGUGAAAAGUAGUUUUUAAAAAUAUAUGAUGGUAUAAGUUUGGCUUGAAUUUAAAACCUAUUUCUUAAGGCAUUUGUUUCCAUAUUUACAUCUUAUUGUUGCAGCAUCUAAAUACAUAUUGAUUUAAAAUGUCAUUUUUAGCCUGACACAAAUGAAGGAUGCACUCUAUCCUCAUUGUGCAUACCUGUGUAGGAAAAGGUUGACAUAAGAGUCAAUGGCUGCAGCUUUGGCCGUGGUGCUUUUUCCUUUCUAUGAGACUGCAGUAGGUGGAGCUGCCAUUGAAAGACUGUUCAGAAGCUUUAGGUGAUACAAGUGGCUUCCAACAAUUGGUGAGAUAUCAAUAUCCACACAUGUUCCAGGGUUUGCACUGACUUCCUGUUGCCUUCAGAGCUCAGUUUGCUAGCUUUUACUUAGAGAGGGAGACUAUAGCUCAGUGAUAAGGCACAUGCUUUGCCUACAGAGGUCCCAUGGUCAAUUCCUGGCAGCUCCAAGUAGGAUUGGGAAUGUCCCAUCUGGAACCCUAGAGAGUGACUGCACAUGGUCUGCCUUGGUAUAAGGCAGCAGCUUAUAUAUUUUUAACGGCUUACAUUUUAGGCUGAACAUAGUUUUGAGACACCAAUUUUCUGUAUUUGAUCAUAAUGGAGUACACUAACCCUCAGGCUGUUGCAUACAUACCAGUUAAUGGAGCUUCCUUCCUUUGAAGUUUCAUUAAACUCCAUUUGGGCUGGCUUAAGGGAGCACUCCACGUAUAGAAAUCAAACUGGGGGAGGGAUGGGUUUUAUGCUGCCUGGUUUAGUCAUAUACAGGUAUGGCUGUAAAUAAGGAAUAAAUCUGCUCAAAAUGAUUGCAGCACUGUUAAUGUUUAUUUACCAUAUACCCACUAAAUGCACAGUUGAGCUUUGAAUAGUUUUAUACUGCCAUUUGUGAGGGGAAAAUGGUUCUUGAUGCAAUUUUUUAAGGAAAGCUUGACCAUUCUAAUGAUGCUAAAGAAGCCUUUCUGACAGAUUAUAUAGAACUUGUGGCUCUAGUUUAUGCUUAAUGAGAGGGUCACCCUAACUGUUGCUCACAUAAAUGAUGUUAUUUAAGACUAGGAUACCAGACUUUGUGUACUGUAUUCUUUUAAAGAUUUAUAUUAGAGUGCUACCUACUAGUCAAAAACACUGAGUUGGUUUUUUAAAAUGUGACUUGUAAGUAAACUUACUCCAAUGAAACAUGCUGUUGCUUCAGUUUGAUAUAACUGAUGAGAAGAUGAUUCUUCAGCUCAGCAAGAUGUUUAGCUAUGAUGAAAAAAAAUCAACUUAUCAUUCCAAUCUUGAUGAGUAGGGGUGCAUUCCUUAAAAUGGCAAUGAAGUUUUCAGUUUUCUGCUGCUUAAUGACAUGUUUACAUUAUAGGACAUGCGCACCCUAUAUAUACUGUAUAGAGCUGUUAUUUCUUGUGAUAAGGGUUUUGUGUCCCUCUUCUCUUUUGACAGUUUCUUACCACCGUAGAGGCUCUCUUCAAACAUGACAGUUUUUUUCCCUAAUAAGCACUGUGUAUACAAACAUACACUAGAAAGCCCACAGCCAAGUGUAACGUAUAUGCCUAUUAGGACUGUACUCCGGCUUCAGCCAAGCCAAAUCAAGUCUAUUUGGCCCCAGCUGAAUCAGGUUCUGACAGCCCCGGAUCACUACAAGUCAGAUUGGAUGACCCAGAGUGACCUGGGCUGUCAAGAGGUGGAGCAUCAGGCAGGGAGAAGAGGCAGCCACAGUCCUCCUUCCUGCCUGAGUGCCGCCCCCACCUCCCACAGGAGCACUGCAGGUGGUAGUUUGCAAGGCACUUUCCUUUAGGAAAACUUCUAGAGCCAGAUCCCUGCACCAGUGGAAACUGACAACGGUAUGUACAAACUUGUACAGGAUGGUGUGCAGCCCAAACACUGAAAGGGACAUGGGAGAAUAUGUCUCUACUAGGAACAGGAUCUUGGAAGAGAGACAAGGGAAGCGGAAUCUGUCUAUGCUGAAGAUAGCGGUUUAUAGGAUGAUGUCAUAAUAUACAAUUAUUCCUUGGUAACUAUACAAUCCAUACAUUCUCAUUAACAGAUGAACAUAGGGGUAGGAAGUGCAUGUUUGUUCUUGAUGUGUAGUUCUACACCAAGAGAAAGUAGACGGCUAUUUAAACUAAAGGAUUUUGAAAACAAAUUCUUAAAAUUACCUUUCCAGAAAUUCAAAGGGCACUUACACUGACCAAGGUUUGAAAUUAGUUCAUUUCCUUCAUAAAGUUGUCUGUUUUAAAUGUGCCAAGUAAACUUAUACUGCACAGAAAUGAUAAAAUGAACCACCAUUAUAAUGAUUCCUGUCCCAUAAAGCCACCUGUGGCCUCGUUCCUGAACAUAAUAUGAAAUGUUAAAUCCAUUAAUAAAAAAACCCAGUUUUCUUAGCAGUUUUGGCUAGACAUUUAGAUGGAAGAAGAAAUUUAACACUUGAAUAUAAAGUUGUAAGAUUUAAUAUAUUUAUUACAUUUUUCAUUUGAAAUUGCUGAGCUACAAAUAAGCUUGCUAUGUUUUCGUUAUUUACUGCAUUUUACAGCAAAUAUAUUACUAGAUUACUUUGCCGGUCCUUGUUUAAACUAUUUACUACCAAGUAUUUGCAAUCUGAACUAUUCCAACAAUUGUCUUGUAGUUUUUUUUUGUAUUCAUUUAUUGAAAGUCCUCAGAUAGCACUACCUUCAUUUUUUUACAAGUAGCCUGCUCUGUACAACACAGGUAGCUUGGAAUCUGAAGAACUGGGAUAAUGAUUUUGAUACGAUUUUGUCUGCACUUGGUACAAUAGUUUUGAUUUGCAAGUCUGUUCACAAAGAAGGUCAGAUUAUUAUGUGUGUGUGCGCUCCAUGAUUAUGUAUAAUGUAAGUGUCCUUGAGAGUGUAGAACAUUGCUUUAGUUGGUUAUUGUAAAACACAAUGUACUAUUUUUACAAAGAUAAUGAAGUAUUUCACCAUGG